UGUGUUUUUAUGGAAUUAAUACAGCCAAUUAACAAUUAUGACAUUAACUGUUUAAUUAGUGAAUAAUACAGUGCAUUUAGUGUAAUACAAUACAACUGUUGAAAUAAAACUCUUCGCAAACCAGGUUCUAAAACGAUUUGUUUUAACACAACUGCUUUUGGGCACACGCGCUCUUCUAUUGAUGACACAUUUAUAUACAGCUGAUGAUCAUAAAAUAUACCCUGCAACAUCAUCAGCAACAUCCAACGAUUGGCUGUCAAAGAGAAAACGAUAUCACUGAAUUUCAUUUCAUGACAAUAAACAAAUACAAGCAACUAGUGACAAGAAGUGGGGAAGAGGGAAAGAUUGAAGGUAAAAUCUUUUCGUAAUGGCCUUUGAAACAACAUCAUACGCUUCAUCAUCCUCGAAAUCAGUGGUUGCACCGAAGGAAUUGUUGUUAGUUUUGAGUAUUUUAAAUGAAAAACAGAAACUAAAACAUAAACAACAAAAGGAGCAGGAGAUGCAACAACAGCAGCAUCAACACCUCCACUAUCUUCAUCCCCAACACCAUGACCGGCAGGAACAUAAACAACAACAGCUGCAGGAAUGUAAGUGGAAAGGCGAGCGGGAGCAGUCGCAGUCGCAGCAGCUUAUGGAAUUGAGCCAAAUUGAGUUGAUCUAUCGUGCUGAGGGUAAUGCAAAUUUGGUGCUUGCAUUGCCGCAAUUUAAAAAAGUUUUACGUUUGCCAAAAAUCUACAAACUGCACGAACAAAAGCAACUGGAGCAAGAACCACAAUACCAGGAGACCCAAUGUAACCAAAGGCACUCGCAACAACACCAACAUGCACAAGAGCAACAAAAGCAGCAGGAUGAAAUGAACCAGCAGGAGCCAAACAAGAUUUCAACUACCGGCCAGCAGCAAAAUAAAAACGACGCUGUUGGAAUCUUGACAAUGGACCAUUAUGUGGCUUAUAUUAGCAUCAUACGUUGUCUUGUGGGAAAUGAGUUUGUAUUUGAAACGGAUAUUGUUGCAGUGCCAAAUCCCAAUGACAGACACUGGAUAAAUGAGAACAUUAAGCCAUAUAGGCCAGCUAAUCGCUUGGAUAAAGUAUUUGGUGGCCAUUUCGGUUUGUUACUACCAGAUGCUACCCAACUGCCUGCAGAGUUCGAUAUUUUAUUUUCCAACUUACAGCGUAAAAAACAGUCAGCCACGGUAACAACGGUCACAAAAAUAUCACAAUGUAGCAAGAGCAUCAGCAGUGAUAACAGUAGUAGUGUAAGCAACAAUAUAUUUGGUUCAGAUACAUUCGCCAUUGAAAUAAAACCAAAGCAAGGUUGGCUGUUGCCAAACGAUGUUAACAAUUUAUUUGAUAUAAAGCCAAAAAUAACACAAACAAUAAGAACAGCGCAACCACCAAGUUUAAGUGAAACAAAAACAACAUCAAAAGCUGCUGUUGCAGCAACAAUACCAACAGCAGCACAAGCAAAAGCAUUAAUAUCAUCAACAGACAGUAGAUGUUUUACUACCACUCAAACUGAACCAUCACAAACAAUAAUGCCAACAACAAAAACAACAACGACAACAGCAACAGCAAUAACAUCACAAGCAGUAAAGGCAAUGACCAGUCGUUGUUGUAACAGCAGUACACGAAAAACAACAAGAGAUGACAAAAUAUCACAUUCAUUAUACGACAGGGUGGAUACCAGGUGUCGUUAUUGUUGUAUGCAGUUUUUAAAGGUGAAACAACAAAAAAUUCAUAAACGCAAUCAAUAUUGUCCAAUUGAUUUGUUUUCGGGGACCACUGAGAAAAUGAUUUUUGCAUUGGAAGCCCUUUUCGAGUGCCCCCAAAAUAAUUUACGCAUAUUUAAAAAUGGCUGCCUUGUAUUUGAUGACCAAAUUAGCAGAACAUAUAAAAUUGAUGAUUUAUUUUCGAGUGACAAACUGCAGCUUAUAAAACAUUUGGUGGUAACGUGUCUGUUGAGGGAAUACGAGGGCAAAGCAGAAGCGAAUAAUGAAGGAAAGAAGCAAAUCAACAAAGAGACCAAACAAGAGCUACAUGCAAGUACUGCUUCAAUGGCUGGUGUUGAGGGUGCUGGAGGUGAAGUUGAAGGUGGUGAUGGUGAUGGCGGAUCUCGAGCUGGAGAUGAAAAUAGCGCUGGCACUAGUGGUGCUGGUGUUGUUGAUGGUCAACCACAGUCGAGUGUAACUUCAUGCAAAAAACAAAAACUCAACACAAUGCCAAAAACAACAGUAGCAGCAACAACCACUACACUAACGGAAACGGAAGUGACUAAAGUUAAAUCAACAUUGACUUCAGCAGGACCCAUCUAUACAAUGGACACUACUUCAACGUCCACCUCCGACAACAGCACUCGGUGUCUAGAGCAAAUCAACAAAGCGGAAGUGACCUGCUUACCAAAGAAUUGUGUCUUGCAAAAAAUUUUACAUUUACAAACAUUGGCCAAGAUUAAUCUUCAAUUUAUGCUUGACCAUGAAUAUGCUGAUAAAAAAGGAAAAACAUACAACAUCGUAUGUAAACUACUCGAGAAAUUUGCUAAAAAUCACAACGAGCUGACACUUUGCCAAUUAUCGCCGGAGGAGCAAUACAUUCUAGCUGCCACAGCUUUGGAUUGCUCCAUAAUGAUAACAUUUUGUGAAAUUGAAAAUGCCGCAGAAGACAAAAAAGAAAAUUCUAAAGAAAGUUUAAUUGACAAUCCUUAUGUAGUGUCGACAUUUGGCCAGCAAUUUUUAACUAAAGUCACUCUAUUGGAUUUGGAUCCUAAACCAGAUGCCCACUUUAACAAAUACUGUUUACAAACCGAACAAAUAGUUGAUGCAAUGAAGGAUAUGUAAUCACAGGAACCGACCGACCACUUCUACCCUUAUAUAUGUGAUGUAUGGUGCAGUGAUGAAUGAAAUAUGUAAUUCAAUUUAUAAUUCAGAAUUAUUAAAUAUUGUUUUAUUACGCUCAAGUAUAUCACAUUCAUAACGAUAUACAUAUUAUUUUAAAAUUUACAACAUUUGGUGAAUUAUAUUACAUUUCAAAUUAUUAAUAAGCAUUUCAAUAAAAUUAAUAAAAAAAAACA